GUUUUGGUUCCGGGUCCGUCGGCGAUGAAAUAACUAAUGAAAAAUUGGAUUUGCAAUGAUUUGCUUCUUAUUUGUGCAAACAUAGCAACUAAAGUUGAUCAUAUGAGCGUCGCCAUGGUGUCAAAGUAAGCUGGAGAGGCUUGCUUGCUAGCUAACUAGUCUCGACAAGUUUGAUACGGAUCAAGUCUUUGUUGGUUUUUACGAAAUGUGUUUGCUGCUCGGUGCAACCGGUGUUGGAAAAACUCUUCUCUUGAAACGUUUACAGAAGCUCAGUGUGAGAGAUGGCACAACUGAUUUAGGGGAACCCCCUGUUACUCUACCUACGGUGGGCACCAACCUGACAGACCUGACUCUGAAGAGAAAGAGGGUGACUGUGAGAGAGCUGGGAGGCUGUAUGGGUCCUAUCUGGCCCAGUUACUAUACGGACUGCUCCUCUGUCAUCUUCAUGGUGGACUCUGCUAACACCACCCAGAUGUCGUCGUCCUGUAUCCAGCUCCUGUCUGUCCUGUCUGCUGAACCUCUCCACACAGCCUCUGUCCUGGUUAUCUUCAACAAGAGGGACCUCCCUUGUACCAUGAGUCUCGUAGAGAUGAUGUCAUUGUUCAGGAUGGAUGACAUCAUCGCCUCUGCCACCCAGCCAAUCACGACCCUGGAACUGAGCGCUCGUUCCGGCCAGGGACUCCAGGAGGUGUUGGGCUGGCUGGACUCCACCCUAACUGACUGACAGAGUGAUGUCAUAGAAGCAUCUUCCUUCCAGGAAGCAGUUACUCAUUGCUGGUGCUUUCAAGACAACUGGGAACUCUGUAAAGGUCAGAAAGUCGGUGCUGUAGGAGGCCCGAGUUCCCGAGUUGGAAUUUCAAGUUGGAUGACCGUUCAAAAAAGAAAAAUCCCAGUUGUCUUGAACGCACUAAAGUCAGAGAUUUCUGAGUUCCCAGUUGCUUUGAACGCAACAUAAGUGACGUCAUUGUCACUGAACUUGGAAUGAUGUCACCACCAACUGUAAAGUGAGGGUACUGUAUCUCACACGUUACACAUGAAUCCUGUUGGCAAGAAGAUGUCCUCAUCCUCAUGAUCUCAGCACACCAAGAAUGAUGCGGUCAUUCACAUCACGUCUUAUUGAGGAGGCCUGAUAUUAAUGCUUUUAUGGCUGGAAUAUCAUGCCUGUAUUUAUUGUCAGCACUCUGUAUAGAUACUGUAUCUACCAGCAGUUGUUUUUUAAAGGCUGAGGGAGAACACUGUUAUAUCAUUUGGUUAAAAUAUUUCCAAACAGGGAAAUGCAUAAUCAUGUGUGGAGUAGUGUCCAUGAUGUAGCCUAACUAUGCUGGAGUAGUGUCCUCGAUGUAGCCUAACUAUGCUGGAGUAGUGUCCUCGAUGUAGCCUAACUAUGCUGGAGUAGUGUCCUCGAUGUAGCCUAACUAUGCUGGAGUAGUGUCCUCGAUGUAGCCUAACUAUACUGGAGUAGUGUUCUCGAUGUAGCCUAACUAUACUGGAGUAGUGUCCUCGAUGUAGCCUAACUAUACUGGAGUAGUGUCCUCGAUGUAGGCUAACUAUACUGGAGUAGUGUUCUCGAUGUAGCCUAACUAUACUGGAGUAGUGUUCUCGAUGUAGCCUAACUAUACUGGAGUAGUGUUCUCGAUGUAGCCUAACUCUACUGGAGUAGUGUUCUCGAUGUAGCCUAACUAUACUGGAGUAGUGUCCUUGAUGUAGCAUAACUAUGCUGGAUUCAUUGAUAUGGGGAAAUGAUGGAUGACAGUGGAAAUACAGUAACUGUCAUACAGAUGUGUGGAAAUACAGUAACUGUCAUACAGGUGUGUGGAAAUACAGUAACUGUCAUACAGGUGUGUGGAAAUACAGUAACUGUCAUACAGGUGUGUGGAAAUACAGUAACUGUCAUACAGGUGUUUGGCCUCCGGGGGGCAGACAGACAUUGUGUAGAAAAGUCAACCCUUUGAAGAGUGUGCUUCUCUAAGCAUUCAAUAUGUAGAAACAUUCCAUUAUAAAGUGUUUGAUAUUACAAUCUAGCUCAGCCUAUAUAUAUAAAUAAAACACACAGGUUGAAUGGUAUCAAAGCAACAAGUUAAGAAAUAUACUAUUGAUCAACAUGAUCAUGAAAUAAAAGCUGUAAAAUAUGAA